AUGCCCGCUGUUGGUGGUUACAGUAACUCAAGGAUUCCCCGCGAAAGGACCGUUGCUCCGGAAGACACAGCUCUUUUGAGCCUGUGGCCCCGCGCGGACAUGAGGCAGUGUGCACAACUGGCUCUCGAGUGGCACCGCCAACUCCCCACUCGAGAGCUCACCAUUUGUCGUUAUCGACAGGCGGGACAAUGGUGGUACCCGAGUAUCGCGAUGAAGUCGCCAUCACCUCGCCAUCGCCGACCCCCCAGCUUGCUUCCAUCUGCAACUCGCCGCAUCUUUCUGAGUAAAAAGAACCCGACCAACAGCGCCGCCACAGCCGAGAGGCGGACACCGGAAUGGUAG